ACUGAAGCAGCCUGUGCACCAGAAAGGAGAAGUGACUGGGGCAGGGUGGACCUGGGGCUUCAGACCAGGUCCAGAUCUACAGGUCCAGUGUUCAGACCAGGUCCAGAUCUACAGGUCCAGUGUUCAGACCAGGUCCAGAUCCACAGGUCCAGACCCAGGGGUCCAGAUCCAGGGGUUCUGGGUUGUCCCUCUGGGUUUCAGUGUUUUCGCAGAUCAGAGUCCAUCACAGAACCAUGUGACAAACUGAGCGAAAGAAAGGAAACGAAAAAAACAACUGCUACACAUUUACAGUACAAGAUGGAGGCAGCGAACUGUGAAGAUCUGAUCAGAGAAGCAGAACAGUUUGGAGCUCCUGUUAACGGAGCCAUGAACGAAAUGAUGGACGUAGGACGAGAGGACAACAUCCAGGGACAGAUGGAGGAGUUUCUGGGCCCUCAGGCAGAGUACAACGAGGAAGAGGAGGAAAGGAAAUACUACAGGAGGAAGAGGCUCGGCGUCAUCAAGAAUGUUGUAGCAGCCAGCGUGGGAGCCAUGAUUGUGUACAGUGUGUACAUGGGCCUCCUCCAGAUGCAGCUGAUCCUUCAUUAUGAUAUGAUGUACCGCGAAGUGAAGUACAGUAACCUGGGCUUAGAGGACAUCGACCGCAAGAUGCUGAUGGGCAUCAACGUCACCCCCAUUAUCAGCCUGUUGUACACGCCUGUACUCAUAAGGUUUCUAGGCACUAAGUGGAUGAUGUUCCUCGCAUCAGGAAUCUACGCACUCUUUGUUUCAACCAAUUACUGGGAGCGUUACUACACGUUAGUUCCAUCUGCGGUCGCUAUCGGCGUGGCCAUCGUACCACUGUGGGCAUCUUUAGGAAAUUACAUCACAAGGAUGGCGCAGCAGUACUACGAGUACGCCCACUACAAAGAAGAGCAUGUGCAGGAGCAGAAGAAGCUGCCCAAGGGGGCGUGUCACAGAUACAUCAUCGUUUUCCACUCAGUCUUCUUCAUCAUCUUUCAUCUGAGUUUCGUCUUUGCAGAGUUCCCCAUGCGUCUGGUCCUUCACGGUUACCUGCACGACGACCAACACAUUCUCUGCGACGUCAAAUCCUGCGGCGCUAACAUCAGUGGUGUGAUCCCAGGCUUCAGCAGCACCGUUCUGACCAACCUGCCUCCGUCCAUGCUGCUCAUUAAGGUGGAAAGUGUCCUGAUGGGUCUGGCCUUCCUGGCCAUGAUCACAUUCCUUGCUCUGUGCGGCGCAGCGUACCGUCCCACAGAGGAGAUCGACCUUCGCAGCAUCGGCUGGGGGAACAUCUUCCAACUGCCCUUCAAACACCUGAGGGACUAUCGACUCCGACUGCUCUGCCCCUUCUUCAUCUACAGCGGACUGGAGGUCCUGUUCGCUCUGACCGGAUUCACACUGUCCUAUGGCGUCUGUGCGUUGGGUCUUAAACACCUCUGGCUCCUGGUGGUGGUCUACGGCCUGUCCUGCUCCGUCUUCUCGUCCCUGUCCCUCGUCCUCCUCCGUGUCCCUCGUUGGGUUUGUCUUCUGGCCGGCGCUGUGGUGCAUUCCGUACUCCUGAUCGGACUUCUGGCGUUUUCUCCACAACCGGCGGGAAACAACUGUGGACACGAUAAGGCCGGGGACAGUCCCAACUAUCUGUGGCCGAUGCUGUCCAUCUCCGUCCUGUGGGGACUGGGCACCGCCCUGAACAAGACCGGAGUCAGCACUCUGCUGGGUAUGCUGUACGCUGAGGAGAAGGAACGGCUGGACUUCAUCUACACCAUCUUCCACUGGUGGCAGGCCAUCGCUAUUUUCAUCGUGUACCUGUGGUCCAACCUGCCCAUGAGGGCCAAACUCUCCAUUCUCUUGGUGACCUUAUUACUGGCCUGUUACUGCUACUGGGUGAUGGAACAUCGUCUGGCCACAAAAGUUCCUUUCAGACUGCCGCGAAUACCCCGCCCCCGGCACAAGGUCAAAGGUUACCGUUACCUGGAAGAGGACAACUCGGAUGAGUCAGACUCUGAGAAAAGUGAGGAAGAUGACGAAGACGAGAGGGAGAGGAAAGAUGAAGAGCAUGUGGUGGAGGAGAUGGAAGCAGAGGGAGAGGAGGAAGGAGGAGGAGGAGGAGGAGGAGGAGGAGGAGGAGCAAAGGCCUGGAGGGAUGAGUCACCCCAAGCCAGGAGGAGAGGGGUCGAAGGUCACCAAGGCAGACGGGAGGGGGAGGGAGAGGCUGACAGAGGGGAGGAAGGAGGACAAAACAGGAGGAACAUGUGCUGAACUGGACUGCAUUCAUAUUAACACAGAUAUCUGUAAUUCAUAGUGUUCUUUCAUCCUCUGUGUGAACAUGUGGGAUGUUAUCAGUGUGGGGUGGAGGUAGGGUCAGGCUCAGGGUCAGGGUCAGGGUCAGGGUCAGGGUUAGUCCACAGGUGUCAAACAUGCGGCCAGGGGGCCAAAACUGGCCCGCCAUA